AUGUCCGAGGUCAUUGAAAGCAAGCGCCUGCGAGUCCGAGGCAACGCGCAUUACCAAGGUGCCAGUGCCCCUGGAUUGGCACCGGUCCUUGUUGAGGCCCGCCUCAAGGAUGCCAUUCGACUAUACUACCAGGCCGAGACUGCAGCUGGGAGGAACAUUCUUUCAAGGGCGUCAGCCCAUAAAAAUCUCGCAAUGGCACACGCGCGCCUGUUUGAGGCCCAUGUUCGUCGCUACACCGCCAGAGUUGGCGCUGCUGGCGCAUCCGACGCCCUGCCUGCGGCAGAGCAAAGGAUGCUAACCCAUUACGCCUUGACCUCCAUGCGUUCCUUUGCAUCAGCCCGACUUGAUGGCUUGCAAGCACAUGGAAGCCAUGCGACUUGGACGAUCCGGCUCAUGAUCGAAGCUGGCAGAGUGGCGAGUGAGAUGGCCGAAGCUCUCGGAACAAUUGAACCACGCCGCUCGAAACGAGCCUGCAUCCUGGGUUCAUGGAUUCAAACUUUACGAGGGGAGAACCCAGUGCCAGACACGAUCGCUCAUCUCGCCAUGGCGCAGCGUCGCGUGCUCUUUCGCGAAGCCGUCCAAGCGCACUCUCAAGAAAAGCUUUCCGACGCACUCAGCAUUUUGGGCGAGGCGGAAGAGGCUGAUAGCACGGCUCAACAAGCGGCCCAAAAAGCCUGUCGCCUCCACGCGGAAGACCUCGCAGAAUUGCGGAUUGGCUCUGAAGAAAUCCAUAUCCAAGGCAGGGUGAUUCGAUCUCUGCAUAUGAUUCGUGAGGGCCUCCGCUUAGAACAAUCCGCGCUCUGGGAUGACGAGAACCUGCUCAUGGAUCUGGUGUGGGACUCGGUUGAUGCCUACCAUGAAGCCAUAUUUGUCUCCGAUGGAGCCGACCUUGCACAGGAAGCCGAGGCCAUUGCGCGCCUUGGCAUCAUUUAUUCCAAGAUUCUCAAGCAGCCUGUCCGCGGCAAAAACUACUGCGUUAAGGCUUUGAACUUGGCCAGCUCGCUUCACCCGCGCGUCUUCACCUUUGUUCCGUGGCAUCAAACUGCUUCAGACAUUGUGAAGGCCUACCAGGAGGAGCUUGUUGCACGAGAACGUAGUGCAUGGGAAGCAAAGCGCAAGCCUUACUUGGAAAAAUUGGCGCCCGAAUUGAAGAAGCUUGAAGAAGCCUCGACCGAAGGCCUGGACAGCCUCAUCGACAUGAUCUACGACAAGCACCCCCCAUUGAACAAGAAGCAUACCAAGCCCACUGCCGAGGGGAAAAAGCGCAUCCAACACGCCAUUCGGCACUACCACCCCGACAAGGGCAAUGUCUCUGAGGAGACCAAAGUGCUGCUCGAGGAAAUCUAUUGA